AAGUCAAUAAAUUAGGCUACCAAAACAAGAAACCAACGUUUAUAACAGCUUCUACUAUCACUACCCCAAACAAUUGUCUAUCUCCUCUUACAUUUCUACACAUUUCCCAUUAUCUUUGUCUGUGCCAGAGAUGUUUACAUUGGCAGCUUCGGUUUUUGUAGUGGGUGUCAUCAUAUAUGCUUAUAGGAGCACUAAGCCUCCACCUCCCAAGAUAUGUGGAACACCAAAUGGCCCUCCUGUUACUUCACCAAGAAUUAGGCUGGGAGAUGGGAGGCAUCUGGCCUACAGAGAGAGGGGUGUUGCUAAAGAAAAUGCCAAGUACAAAGUCAUCGUUGUCCAUGGCUUUGACAGCUCCAAAGACAUGUAUUUGCCACUCUCUCAGGAAUUGAUGGAUGAGGUGGGUGUGUAUAUAGUAUCAUUUGACAGAGCUGGGUAUGGUGAAAGUGAUCCAAAUCCGAAGCGGUCGGUGAGGAGUGAAGCAUUUGAUAUUCAAGAACUGGCUGACCAAUUGAAGCUAGGACCCAGGUUUUAUAUAAUUGGAAUGUCACUUGGAACUUACCCAGUUUGGGCUUGCCUCAAAUACAUACCACACAGGCUAGCUGGUGUGUCUCUGGUGGUUCCAGUGAUCAAUUUUUGGUGGCCUUCUUUUCCUCCGAAACUGAUGAAUGAGGUGUACAAGAAACAACUAAAGAGAGAUCAAUGGAAACUCUGGAUUGGGCAUUAUGCCCCUGGACUAGUCUACUGGUGGAUGACCCAGAAGUGGUUCCCUUAUUGUUCUAUCUUGCAAAGACACCCUAUUCUUUUUAACAAACGCGAUGUAGAAACCAUCCAGAAAAUGUCACAAGUGCCAAUGCCUGAUGAGCAUAAGGUAAUACAACAAGGGGUCUACGAAUCCCUGCAUAGAGACAUAAUAGUGCAUUUUGGGAACUGGGAAUUCGACCCAAUGGAGAUUAAAAAUCCAUACCCUAACAAUGAGGCCUCUGUUCAUCUCUGGCAUGGACAUGAAGAUAAACUUGUGCCAUUUGAAAUGCAGCGAUAUUUGGUGAAGAAGCUCCCCUGGAUCAGGUACCAUGAGGUUUCUGAUGGUGGGCAUCUAAUGAUUCACGAGAGUGGUUUGUGUGAGGCUAUGUUCAGGGAACUCUUGCUUGGAGAAGAACCCUGUGUCUUAUAGGCCUUCUUCACCCCAAAGCCGAUCCAGAAAUAUGCUUGUAUUGGUAUAAUGGUAUAUAUGCCAUAUGAGAUGGCCAAUAAAAUUCAAGUAAAAUGAUUUGUUUAUU